GGGGUGCGCCACAGUUCAGUUUUCACUUUCUCUUCCCCCCCUUUCCCGAGGCCUUGGGGUUUUACUUCCGGUUGCCAGUGGCGUCACUGAGAAAGUCGACAUGUUCCCUCGGGCCGCGGGGCUUCUCGGGGUGGGUUCCUUUCUAUGACUCUGUGGGGGAGGGACGACGGGUGGCUGACUAGCGCGGUGGGCCCUGCGGGCUUCGAGCGUGGACACCGGGCCCGUGUCCCUCCCGCCUGCGCCUCAGGGCCGCCCCGCAAGGCCCGGGCCGCCCCCCUCACGCUCCUGGGCGGAGAGGAAGGACGGGCUGCGACGUGGAGGGUCCCGCGCGCCUCUGACGAACCUGUGCGGGGCCGGUGCCGAGAGCGUCAUUUGGAAAUCAGGGAGGAGAGUCCCGAAAAAAGGCGGCUCGAGGGCUCCCUAGCCGGGAAGGAGGCAGAGAAGGCAGCUUAUUAACAAGGUCCAAAAACAUCUCACAUUUGGCCACGAGGGACGGACAAAAAGGAAACGCGUGUGUGGAGGCGUGGACAACGUGUAAAAGCAUGAGGAAGAAAUUGAAUAAUCCCAAAUUCUCGGCGGCGGCGACAGCACAAAAGACAGAUGAAAUUUAGAACCAUCCUUUCAAGUUCUGUAGAAAAUCUUGUUGGGAUAUUGUUUGUGAUUGCAUUGAAUUUAUAGAUUAAUUUGAGAAGAGAGACAUUCUUUUGAGUUUUUCCUUCUAGGAGAAUAGUUUUUGAAACAGUGUCUUUGAGUUCAGAGUCUCUCUUCCAGAGGGCAGUUUCAAUUCUCCAUACUUCUUACUUGGACUCUGCAUCUGAGCAUGGUUUUCAGUACAGUCAAGUGACUUUGGUGAAAAAUGACAUUUUCUUAAAUGAGUAUAAAACUUUUUACCAAGAAAAGAAAGCAAGUAACUAUACUCAGGAAGAACUUCAAGAAACUUACGGGUUUCUUCUGUUUGAAACUGAAAAGCAGGCAAAGUUGGCAUGUCAGCGUGGACUCUGUAUUGGCAGCAGUGCUAUUACCACUCUGGGUGACCCAGCAAAAGGGAAAAAUCAAGUUUGUGUCUGAGAAUUACACAACUAACUAUACUAGCCCAUCUUCUGGCUAUGAUUGCCACGUGGCUGCAAAUACUAACAAGGUUUCUCACAAGACAAGUCAUUUUCGCGCCUUUGAACUGAGUCAGUAUUACCUCUAUGAACUUUCAGGCAGCACUGUUACUGAGCGACCUAGACAGGUCCAUCCUUACGUAAUUGUAGCUUUUCAGUACAGGGAACCUAAAAAGAUGGCAGCCCCAGCUCAAAAAAGCAUACUUGAACUCAGUGAAAAUGUUCUCAUCUCCCCAUGGAAAGGGAAAUUAAUUAUUCAAGGCUGUCUGCUGUGUGAUAUAACUCUUUGGUCCUCUUACAGUACAGUGGUUCCAACACAACUACCACGUGAACUAGAUUUUAAGUAUGUAAUGAAAGUGUCAUCUUUGAAAAAAAGCCUACCAGAAGCUGCCUUUAGAAAACAGAAUUACUUGGAGCAAAAAGUCUAUUGUCAAGAUAUGUGCUUCAGUAUGUAUGAAGUGGAACUGUCAAACAAACAAGGGGAAAAAAUAGAUAAACUAAUAGAAUUCAUUAAGAACAAGCAAUUGGCAUUCAUCAAAUGCUUAGAAGAUCGGGGUGUUUUCCUUUUACUUACAUCAUCAGCCUUAAUAUCAGAAACAAAUUUUGGAGAUGAGCAAAUCGGUCUACAUGGGUUACAUUUAGUCCGUUCAUCCCUGUCAAGAGGGCUGAAAGACUUGACUGUUGAAGAUGACAUCUCAUUGAAGGUGAUACCUAUUUUACCUGCCCUUAAUUGUGCCCUGCUAGAAGCAAAGAAAUCAUUUACUGAAGAAGGGAUCUGUCCAAACACGUUAGUAAAGCGUAGUUUCCAAGAAUUGUGCAAGGUAGAUAGAAGUCCUUCAUUGACGGCUGCUUCUCGGGGUGGAAUGAAAGAGACUACAUUCUUCGGCAAACUGUCCAGUGAUUUUGACUUGGUUCCUCCAGCUGAAAAGUGCCCUGUACAAUCUUUAACUCAGUUGAAGUCUUAUUUUUCAGACCCUAGUGGGUACAUUUUGGAAGUAUCUACUGCAUUAGAUUUAUUGGCAGAGCAUCCACAGUCUCCUUGUAUUUCAGAUGGAAUUUGUGAUGCUGGAUUUUCCUUAGUUAUGACUCCAGAUCCUGAAUUUCUUGACUCAGAGGCAGAAGUAAGAAAAGAAACUGAAACAGAAAAGAAUUCUGAAGAAAUGUUUAAAGCAAGGAAGAGAACUGGGAUUCCAUUAAGUCCAGUAUCAAAUGUGAGAAUUCAACCAAAGAGAAAGGCGAGCAUGCCGCCUGUGGUGCCGAGUAAAAGGGUGAACUUGUGCCGUCCCUUCCCCAAAAGAACUCCUGGAGCAGACAAGGGGUCAGCCUCUCAGGCCACCCUCAAAUUAGUUAAAGGACAAUUUCCACAAAAAAGAAAAAGAGGUGAUUUGUCUGUGUGCGUAAGUUUGAGAAGUACUGACGUUGAUAACAGAUUAAAAUCAAGAAACGGGAAAAACGGUGCUGAAGUGCUGACCGCACAGUUUGUACAGACAACCAAAUUGGAUAGGAAAAACCAAGAAGCUCCUAUUUCUAAAGAUGUUCCAGUUGCCACGAGUGCUAAAAGGGCAAGGAAACAAAAGAGAUCUCCCGUCAAAACUGUUCCAAGGGCUAAGCCACCUGUGAAGAAGUCACCACAAAAACCGAGGGUACAUGUAGUGAAAGGCAAUAAGAAUCCCAGAAUCAGAAAGCAGCCACAAUCUGCCCAAGAAGAAACCACUUCACAGCUUCAAUCAGAAAUUGCAUCAGACGGGCAAGAAGAUGUUCUUAACAUAAAUACAGUUCAACCGGAAAAUAUCACAGUGGCUCAGAAAGACCCAGCUGAGAACUCCAUUGCCAACUGUGACUCCCAGGCCUUAAAUCUGUUAGCUGACCUAGCAUUAAGUGCUGCUUCCUCUACCGCACCGUCACCUGAGCCCAGAAACCUUCCCCACUCCUCUGAACUGCCACAAAAUGACAUUUUACUUUCUCAAGAACAUUCUCUGAGCAGUGCAUCUGACCAUGAAUAUCAUAGAGGAGUUAAAAGACAAAAAAGUGAACUGUUACCCGAGCCCUCGUCUGAGAAGAGUAAUCCAACAUCAGACUCCGUUGUCAGCCAAGAGGAGGAGAGCUUGGUUCCUGGUAGCGAGGCCCCUAUACAAGCCCAGGCGGCGCUUCCUGAGGAAACACUAGAGACCGGCAGUGCAAGCCAGAGCUCUUUUGUUGCUGUGGAGCAUUCGUAUGCCCUGCUCCUUGCAGAACAUUCAAAGAAGCUUCUACAACAGAGAGGGGUACCAGGCCCUGCCUUUGCCAAGAAUGGCACAAAAGGCCCAGAAGCAGGAACCCCAGUGGGAAAAGUAAUGCCAUUUCGGCAUCAGCAGAACACCUCCCCUUUGCAGAAGCUUUCUGAGGUCCCGCUACUCAGGCGGAAGAGCAGGUUGCUGUCCUCCAGCCUGAGAGAUGCUUACUGUUCUCAUACCGUGUUCAGCUGUGACGGCUCUUUUAAGGUCACUUUCAAGUGUGAGACAAGCUAUGUAUUCAGCUUAGACAGCAAAUACACCAACAACCCCCUGGAGAAAACUGUCCUAAGAGCAUUACAUGGGCCCUGGAACACUGAUUUACCUGAUAACUUGGAAGAAGUGAAGCUUUUACUUCAUAUGUGGGUGGCCCUGUUUUACAGUAAUCAAAGCAAAGUCAUCCGAUCAUCCCGGAAAGUAGUAGAACACAGCAACCCUGCCAAAUACGUGUCUAUAAAUAGCAGGAUAGGAUCUUUUGAAGUCAGUGAAAUUGAGGAGUCUCCCAGCGUGGAAAGGUGUACUGUAGGCCCUUUGCUGGAGACGAAGGAAGCUCCCAGAGGUCCUAGUGCUGAAGUGUCCUUCCCUGACACUCACUCCUUGCUUCCCUUCAUUAAACCACAACCUGCAAGAGGCUUGGAACUCUGGGUACAGAAUGAACAGAAAGAAAUUUUUGCAAGAGAGGGUCAUCCAGCUACCCCAGAAAGCCAGAAUUUCAUAUACUCUUAUAAUAAUGAGGUCCUGACUUCCCACAUGAUUGUCUCAAGACAUGGCAGGAAAUCUGUGACCGCAGUGUUCCAAAAAUUACAGAUAAUGGAGGGAAAAGAACAACAAUCAUCAGAUAAACUAGAGACUUCUAAUCUUAUGCUUUCUAGUAUUGGAAGUACCCAAACUAAUGGACCUUCUGUUCCUGGUGAAGGGAAAACCUUUGAGCCGUUUGAUAGCACAAGAAUGACUUCUUACGAUGAUACUGUCACGCAAACCCCAUUCACCACAACGUGUGAUGGGGUCAGCAGUCAGUCGGGGAUUUGUCAGAAGUCUGUGUAUAGCACCCUUGAAAGCAAAGUUGAUAUUUUUCAUGCAACAGUGCAAGGAAAAACAAGUAGUUUACAGGGCCUUAGCCAGCAUAACAGCCCCAUAAACAAAGGAGGUCAGCCUUCAUUGGAAAGGAAGGAUGAUAUGGGGUAUGUAAUGAUUAAUCUGGAACCAGUUCCUCUCACUUUUGAAAAAAAUGCCUGUGAACCAAAACAGACAGAAGUUGUAAACAGAGCUGAUAAACCUACAGCCUUUAAUGUGGAGUUGAUUAAACAGGUAUCAGCUGGUACAAGUCUUAGACAUCCUGUAUCCACAUUUGAAAAGGCACAAACACAAAGUCUUAAGGACAUUUCAUCCCUAGCAAUGUCAGGACAAAAAGGCACUAAGUACCUCAGUGCCUCCUCAGUAAGUGGGGAGACACUUGCUAAAGAAAUGUGUUUGUUACAGAAAGAGAUUCCUAAUCCAGGCUUGUCAUCACCAUCUGAGAAUUCAGUGGCAAAAGAGGCAUUACCAUUAGUUAGAAGUUCUAAUUACUCAUUACCCAGAGAAGAAAUGAAACUCCCUCAAGAAUUUUUUCUGCAGCCUAAGAGUCUCUUUAGCAUUCCUUCGGAAGAGAUUAUGGAGCCUUCGCAGGCUGAAGAAGUGCCAUCGUCAGCCUCUGCCACCUUGGAACAAAAUGACUCACUUAACUGUAUUCUAUCAAGAAGUAAUACAUCAGAUCACUCUUUAGAAUUAAAGAGUGACAAGAGCAGUCUAAAGAGUAUCAGUAGGAAUUUUGAAUCAUUUAAUUCAGCAUUUACCAAACCAACCAGCCGAUCUAUAAAUGGAGAAGAGAUCAGCCUUGAGUUAGAGGACGAUGCUGACAUUGACCUAACUCUCACAAUAUCACCACCUACAAGCCCCAGAGAAGAAAUGCCCGCUGGUGAAAUAGGGCAACAUCAGGAGGCCCCAUUACCAAAUUUGGCACUCCAGGAUAUGGAUGAAGACAUAAUUGAGCCAGAAGAGGUGACUUUGAUAGAAAACAGAGAAGUGAAUUCUGCUAAAUACACAUCAGUGCUUCCCACGGUGUCCAAAAAACCAUUAGAUAAUAAGGAGAGACAAGGUGAUAACUUACAAAUGGUUACUUUAAUACUUCCUAAAGAAACUUGUGCCCUUGAGAUUGCAGAAGUUAAUGUUACCUCAGACUUUCCCUUUGGUUCUUUAAUUGAAGAAGUGUCACCAGCUUCUAGUCCUGACCCUCAAGUACCAGUUGAAGAAACACAAUCGUGUCAGUCUGUAUCUCCAUGUAGUUUAAAACUUCCUGAUUCACAAUGUGAGGAAAGUAAGAAAUUCUCCCAGAUAGAGUCAGUAGAUUUGGCUAUAACAGAAAAAGAAAAUUGUUUUGUUGGCCCUACCCACCCAGUGGGACACGAUACCUUAACUCGGGUUCAGCAAAUGCAGCUUUCUGCUGAAAUGCCACUAGUAUUAAAUAAUUAUCCAGGAAGAAAAGAUAGACAUUUAACCCUUCCAGGUAAAGUAAGUGAGGAAACUGUCCCAAGUGAGAAUGAUGAGAGUGUAUCUUUCUCAGAAAAGGUGCCAUGCUGUGAUACAGAGUUAAACCAUCCUGCUCUAACUGCCAGUUAUGGAGCUGACUUCAAGACUUCUGUAGAAAAACUGGUAAUACCAGGAAAUCUGUUGCAGCCCAUUAGUAUAGAGAAUAGAAAUUUGGACUUAAAACAUCUUGCCUUGGAGACCAGUGAGCCUCCAUUUAGUCCUAGAAAGAUUAUGGAAAAUAAGUCUUCGGCUGACCCGUUGGUUUCCACAACUGCUCCAAGUGGUAUAGUGAACAUGCCAUUAAAGCAGACUAGCCCUAAAAGCAUUAAGAAAAGUCUCUCUAGCAGUGAGUUGAAAACAAAUGAAAGCAGUUACCUGCAAGCUCAGUCCUUGAGUUCUGACUCGGUUGGUGGAGCUGGUGUUACAGAGGCGCGCACGUCCUCAGAGGUCCCCAAACUUGUGUUUUCCUCGGGUAAUGGUACCGUGACCCAUUGUACAAAACCCGUAAACACAGAGAGACAGUUUCAAACACAGGAAAUACCAGUAGUCAGAAUGGCCAGUUUGCUUAAUAGUGAAACUGAAGCUGGAUUACAUGAAAAAACCAUAGAUCGAGGAGGUUUUGGCUCUCAGUCAAACAGUACAUCAUCUCCACGAGGCAAACAAAAAUCCAUUCCCAGGCUGCAAGAUAUGUUGACAUGUGACACAAAAGAUCUGUUGAACGGUGGGCUUUCCCCCAUGUAUUUCCAUGCUGAUUCUUACCAGAACACUGAAGUCACUAACGAAAAUACCAAUAAAGACCCUUCUGCUUUUUUUGUUGCCAAAUCUCGUGUCCCUCUUGUGUAUGGAGUCUCUGAAGAGCAAAUGGGAAAGAAGAGCACAGGCCAGGGGCUCGGGGCCAAGAAGGACUCUGAAUCCCUGGGUGGGGACAUGGCUAUCAGUGUGAAUUCUGACAUCCGGUACGAACCGCUUUCCGGAGACUCCGAUCAAGACUAUCUUGGUGAUUGUAGAAAUCUCAAAUUAGACAUGGAGGAUUCCUGCACUUUGCGAUGUAGUCACACCAAGAAAAAAGAAGGUGCUACACAAGAUGAUUAUGACUCUUUCUUGAGGCUAAGCAAUAGUGAUAAUGAAGAUUGGAGCUACUCUAACCAAGUUCCAGGGUUGGAGACCAACACACCUUCCAGAAACCGGUCUGGUGGGUUAAAGAAAGAAGGUAAGUGUUUGCCACGUUACAUCCAGAUCAGAGACUACCAUGGUCUCCCCUGGACUUACGCUAACUUUACUGUAACUAAAGAGCUCAAACAGACCAAUCAAGCUUCGCACAGCCUCAGGAAGCACCCCGGUUACACUGCAAAAUGUGGCUUGGUCAGCUCCUGGACAGACACUUGGCAGGUGGCAGACAACCUUACCCAGAACACUUUAGAUCUGGAAUAUUUACGUUUUGAUCAUAAACUGAAACAAAUUAUAAAGAAGGGGGCUUCUCAGCAUUCUGCCUCUUCCACCGUCUUUCUGAAGGAGUCGCCUCUCCCUUUGACAAAAGCAGCCAAGUCCCCGGUUCUACGCCCUACAUCCCGGAGCAGAAGUCCCCUUGUGGUCACAGUCAUGUUCUCAGAUGCCAAACAGCAGAGUCAGCAUCUGACAAGCCACACACCCAGCAAUCUGGAAAGCUCUUCCUUUUGGAAGGAAAGAUGUGAUCACAGUAGAAAUCAUCUUACAAAUUCUGAAAGAAAUCAGACUGCAUUCCAUCUCAACAAACUGAAAUAUAAUAGCACUUUGAAAGAAUCCCGGAGUGAUAUUUCACUUAUUCUCAAUGAAUAUGCCGAAUUCAACAAGGUGAUGAUGAAUAGCAACCAAGUCCUUUUCCAAGAUAAGGGGUCAGAUGUUGCUUCUGGAGAAGCCGUAUCUCAAGAAAUGUAUUCAUCUUCCCCACGAAGGUCAGCCUCCUAUGAAGACAUGAUUACAGACUUGUGUGCCAGCUUGCACGUCAAACUGAAAAGUGUUAUGAAAGAGGCUUGCAAAAGUACCUUCCUGUUCUACCUCGUUGAGACAGAAGACAAGUCUUUCUUUGUGAGAACAAAGACUCUUCUGAGGAAAGGCGGCCAUACAGAAAUCGAACCUGAGCAUUUCUGCCAGGCUUUUCACAGAGAGAACGACACGUUAAUGGUCAUCAUCAAAAAUGAAGAUAUCUCCUCAUAUUUACAUCAAAUUCCUUCUUUGCUGAAGCUGAAGCAUUUUCCCAGUGUCCUCUUCGCCGGAGUGGACAGCCCUGAGGAUGUCCUCAAUUACACCUACCAAGAGCUGUUUCGGACCGGAGGCUUUGUGGUGUCAGAUGACAGAAUAUUAGAAACGCUGACGUUAGUUCAACUGAAGGAAAUUGUCAAAAUCCUGGAGAAACUAAAUGGAAAUGGACGGUGGAAGUGGUUGCUUCACUAUAAGGAGAAUAAAAAGCUAAAAGAAGAUGCAAGAGUGGAUUCAAUUGCACAUAAGAAGAACUUAAUAUUGAAGUCAUGUCAGAGUGCAAAUAUCAUUGAAUUGCUUUAUUAUCACCAGUGUGACUCUCGCUCAUCAACAAAAGCAGAACAUUUCAAAUGUCUGCUAAACCUGCAAAUGCAGCAUAUCCACGCCAGGUUUGCUGUCUUCCUAACAGAAAAGCCUACUCUCUCCAGAGAAGUCUUUGAAAAUAGUGGCAUCCUUGUUACAGAUGUAAAUAACUUUAUUGGAAAUAUUCAAAAAGUAGCAGCUCCAUUUAGGAGUAGCUAUUGGUAAGAACACUUUCUGUACCUCCCAUGUCAGCUGGAAUUAAAGAAGAUACUGACAUUCUUGUCUAUGAGGGACCCAGUUCAAAAAUUGUUCUUUACCUUCGAUAUCACGCUGUAAGUUGAAGAUAAUCUAUUUAGGGGUAGAUGUUGUGAAGUUUCACUAGUGAAACAGCCUUUCAAUUACCCAUUUUAUCUAAAUAUGUGCAUUUUCACCUACAUUUCAUUCUGCUCUCCAAGACAGAAUGUAACCUUACCAUGCAUACAAGUUUUCCCCGUUCACCCUAUUUAUAAAAUAGUUCUUGGUUAUUUUAAAAAUGGAAUUACCAAUUUUGUGUUUGACGUGACUCUAACUGCAACUUGCCUAGACAUGGAUGAUGCCAACAAAUUAGUAUUUUCCCUUUUCUUUGAAAAACUUUGAUACACAUACAAGUCUUCUCAUUUGAAAAGUCAGUGUGGGACUUUUCAAACACUUGAGGAAAAGUGUUCCUUCUUUCAUUUUUUU